AUGAAGUACGCCGUCUCAUCUGCUGCCUUGGUGGCAGGCGUUGUAUCCCAAGCUACUUUCGAACCCGCAGACUUCAAUGUAACUGAGGCAUUGCUCAAAAAUGGUGUUAAAGUCUCUGCUUUACCUGAGCUUGCACCUUUAGCAGAGAGAUCUUUAUUGGAUGGCUGUUCUAUCGUCUGUAACUCGUUGAAGUUGAUCUUUGGUGACAAUCAAGUCGAGACACGGUCUGAAGCCGCAUACGAUGCGUUCAUCGGCGAUUACUGGGCCGGCCAACAAAGAGACAUCUCUCCACAAUGUGUCUUCAAACCCGAGAAAGCCUUAGAUGUCUCAACUUCCAUCCUUCUCUCACGUCUUACACAAUGCCCUUUCGCCGCUAAGAGUGGAGGCCACUCAGCAGUACCCGGCGGGUCGAACAUUGAGGGUGGUAUCACGAUCAGUUUCGAGAAGAUGAACAAGACAACAUCAUCUUCUGACAAGAAGAGCGCUACGUUCGAGCCUGGCCAAACAUGGUACGACGUGUACACAAAGCUUGAGAAAGAUGAAGUUGCCAUCAUCGGUGGUCGAGUAAGCAUCUCAUACUUCUCAAGCGAAUACGGCUUGGCAUGCGACAACGUCAUCUCGUAUGAGCUGGUCACCGCUUCUGGACUUAUCAUCAACGUCAGCAAGGACUCGUUUCCAGACCUCUACUGGGCUCUCCGAGGGGGUGGCAACAACUUCGGUAUUGUCACCAAGUUCAACGUCAAUGCUAUCCCCAGAGCGCCAACCAUGUGGGGUGGUAUGCGAGCAUAUUACGGAAACCAAUCCGAGACUCUCAUCAAGGCGUACUACAAUCUCGGCAUGAACGGAAAGAACGACGGAAAGGCACAUCAGAUCUUGUCGUUCGGUUAUGGAGCUGAAGUCGGGGAGAUCGCUCAGGUCGAGCUGGAAUACUCAGACCCUAUCACUGACGCACCAGUCCUUGCCGAGUACAAUAGCAUCAAGGGAGCGAUCUCGGACAAAGCUGGUAUCAAUAGCCUCGCAAACCUUACCGCGAACCUAGCGGCCCCAGGUGCAGCUUCUCGACAGGCUUUCUGGACCUGGACGACUAAGCUUGACCUGGAAAUGGCCACUCUGGCUAAAGACACCUUCUAUGAGGAGCUUGACAGUAUCCUCGACGUACCCGGUCUUCUUGGAGCUGUUUCGCUCCAGGUGCUAACCGAUCCUAUCAUUGAGAAAAGUGCCACCAAUGGAGGUAAUGCGCUUGGGCUCGACCCUAAGGACGGCCCUCUCAUGCUAGCUCUUGUCUCGAUGAGUUGGGCCAACAGCGCGGACGAUGACAAAAUGAACAAGUUCCACGCACGCAUCAAGGACCGCUGUGUGGCGGCAGCCAAGGCGAAGGGCAAGGCGAACGAAUAUCUGUACAUGAACUACGCCAGUCCGUGGCAGGAUCCUGUUGCUGGAUACGGUCCCGCGAAUAAGGCCAGAUUGCAGGCCAUUUCCAAGAAAUAUGAUCCUACCGGUGUGUUUGAGAUUCUCCAACCGGGCUACUUCAAGCUCAACGGCCCACCGCGGAAUGAUUUGUAG